AUGUGGUGUAAGUUCCACAAAACGAAGUAUCACAACUCCAGCGAGUGCUUCGCCCUGAAGAAGCAGCGCGAGGAGCACAAGCCAGCUGAGAUACAGACAACAGUUUCGAGCAAGAGCAAGUAUUCCAGAUUUGAAAAAGAGUCAAGUGACAGUGACAGCGACAGCAACAGUGAGAUGAAGCUCGUUCGUCUGGUCGCCAAGAAGCAUACUAGCACCAAGCUCGCUUCGUUACGCAUCAAGGUUCAGCUCAAUAACGCAAACGGCACCUUUGAUGCGCUACUAGACAGUGGUGCAUCAAUGAGCAUCAUCAACCAGAAGACUCUGCAGGCCAAUUUCCACUUGGACGUGAAAAGUCGCAUCGUCGACCAAGUUUCAGACGGUAAAUGGCGAGGUGACAAGUGA